UUCAAAUCUUUCUUGUUAAAUACUGACGGAAAUCAGAUACUCCGAAUCUUCUACAAUGUUAUUCGUUAGUCACUCCGAGCGAUUCGUCCUUAUUACACAAAUCGUUUGUUCAAUUUAUUACGCAAUAAAUAUUCUUCUUUUAUGAGGUUUUGGCCGCAAGGUCUUUUUCCUCGGGGUUUACCCCCAAAAUUACGAUUUUAUUUAUUAUUUUUACUUCCCCUUACACCUAUCCUCCCAAAUAUUCCCUAUCCUAUUAUUAAUAAAAAUUUGAAACACGCAAGUCAAGCAAACAGCUUAUUUGCGACGUAACAGUACAAUAGAUCUGGUGUGGAUGGAAUUGGCAGCGAUGGACGAUGUGUUGGACUUGGAGAUUAAGGAAAUGGGUACCUCUGAUCAUCUUCCUCUGAUGCUGAUAUUGAAUAGUAAUGUUCAAAGGGUAGAUAAAACAGGAUGGCAGCUUAGGGAAGCUCAGAGUUAUCUACGGGAUAACUAUACAUGGUGUCAGAAGUGCAUGCUUAAUCGCGAUUAAUAUGUACGAGAAGAAUCACGAUGGCUAGCGAAUCCCACGUGUCGACAACUUCGGUAGCGACGAUUUCAAACGGUCGCCUUCCGAAUGAAUUUGAUUUUGCAAAGCCAUUAUUAUGGCCUACGUAGUUAAAAAGAUUUGAACGGUACAUAUCAGUAGCGAAUCUCUCAGAAAAAUCGGAGAAAGAGAAGAUAGAUUUAUUGUGCUACGUCAUGGGAGAGAAAUCGGAAGAAGUGUUGGAUCAGCUUAUGCCGGAGAUGGGCGAUAACACGACGAUCGAAAUGGUAAAGGGGAAAUUUACAGAGUAUUUUUCGCCAAAGAAGAACACUAUCUUCGAGAGGUUUAAAUUCAACUCCAGAGUACAGCAGGCAGACGAAAGUAACACUUUCGUAACAGCCCUGUACACUUCAGCAAGUACGUGCGAAUUCGGUGCGUUAAAAGAGGAAUUAAUUAGAGACAGCAUUGUGAUCGGUACCCGAGACACCAAAACCUCAGAACGCUUGCAAUUAAUAGCAGAUUUAACUCUGGAAUAAGCUAUAACGAUAGUUAGACAAGCGGAAGUGCAAGUGAAAGAAGGCAAGUUUAUUCGUAAAGAAAUCAGUGAUCGCAGUGAGGUCAAUCGGGUAGCAAGUUCACGAGACAAAAAACAUUCGAAUCCGGGAGGUAACGAACCGUACGCGGAAAAGGAACACAGCGCCGCCACCAAGAACACGCCGAUGCGAAGAAAUGUCCAACGCUGCACUCAACGUGCCGAAAAUGUAAGACGAUCGGGCAUUGGGAUCGCGCCUGCAGGUCGAAUAACCUUCACCAAGGCGGAGAGACCAACAAACAGAAACCCAGCGAAGUUCAUCACGUAGAAGACGGUUCGGACGAGGAUACGUUUUUCUUAGGCGCGGUAUCUAAAAAGCGUGGAGUUUCUUGUGGAUAUCGGCGCGGACAUUACGUGUGUUCCGCAGGAUUCGAUUCUCGAAAAUUUCGAAAAUAAAAUACUACCUACGCGGAAAUUAAU